UAAUAAGACAGCAUUGGUGUGUGAAAAUAAAAAAGUUUAUUUUAUGACUUGUGAAAUAAAAAUGUUUUGGUCACAAGCCCUGGCACUAGGUAUUGGAACAAGUAUGGGUUUAACAGGAAAUGCUAUUUCAAUUGUCGUUUGGAAACGUGUUCUAAAAUCUUCCGAUUUAAAUGAGUCACUUACAAAUUGGUUGAUCACUUCUGCAGUAUGCAACAUUGGGUUAUUGCUGUCUUUUUUGUUAAAAUCUGCAAUAAGAUCGACUAACUUAAUACAUAAGGAUACUCCUUUUACUGCUGCAAUAUUCUCAUGGUGUGGAUACCCUUUUUUCUCCUUUUUUGUGGUGGCUAGUGUGUGGUUAUCGAUUGGAGUCACAAUCAAAGCCUUUCUUCUGCGAAUUUCACCUGUUAAUAUUGAUGCAAGAAACAGAACGAAGAAAGUUAUAGCUAUGCUUUUGUUAUUUUCAUUAUUGGUUAAUGUACCAAGCUUCUUUGUUUACCAUUCAAAAGAGAAAGAAGGAAUGCAUGUGCUUGCCUUGACUACGUAUGGCGAAUCUCAAAAUUCAAUUCAGUACAAAGACUGGUUUUGCUAUAUUUGUGUUAUCUGGCCUCCUUGGAUAGCAUUGGUGUUCAUUGUAGUUUUCAUUUUGAACUUACUCAACAGAAAACCUAUCACAAGUAAAUGUCAGAAAGGACCACUUUCUCUGGAUUCCAAUGAUCGUCCAUUGUGUUGUGUUGAUAGUCUAUUGUCACCUACUUCAACACCUCUGAUCACAUUACUUAUAUGGCAAGGUAUUAUGUACGGUUGGUGGAUUUUCAAAGGGAAGAUAGAAGUUCAGAAAGAAGCACACUUUAAGCUCGACUUGACAGCAUUUAUAACAUACGGUGUCAUCAGUCAUUCAGCCACCAAUUGGUUGUGUUAUUUCGUAACUAGUAAUCUCUUUGAGAAAGAGGUUAGGACAAUCUUUCGCCUGAAGUGAAAGGAGUGGCUAUUAUUGCACUGUUAACUGUUCUAUUAAUCGUGGUUAAUACUGCUUAUGUUGGCCGAUAA